AUGACGUCGUCCCGCCAGUCUACGGUGUCUAGACUGCACUACCCCGCAAGCAAACUGGAGCCUUACAUGAAAGAUUGCCAUCGGUGCGAGAUGACGAUGGAGGCGGAAAAAACCAUGUCUCUGUCAAGUGUUGUUGACAUUGUUGUGGGCAUCACUCCCAGAAAGCGCCUCAUCUGGAUGGAUGGAUAUGACGAGCAUUUUGGCUCGUCCAUUCAACUGGGCAUCUUCGUUCCUCAUAUCCCCAACCACGAGAACAAAAAUGGGAUUGCUACCUAG